AUGUCCAAGCGAGGAACAGAGAACCAGCUCACCAAGGAUGAGUACGAUCGCGAUGGCGACAACGACGAAGGCAGCUCCAUUCAAGGUGUCUUCAAGCAAGCUUCUCAGGAGGAAAUGGCAAAGAGAGUUAUCAAAGCUCCCAGGGGAAGAAGACUGAAUGGAGGCGGUGGCGACAACGGCGCUGCGAAGUCUUCGCCUUUUGCCAAUAUGCCAUCCUUCGCUGCCCCAUCAACGUCCACUGCGACGGCGUCGCCAUUUGCCAGCGUGUCGUUCGCUGCCCCAACAACACCCACCCCCACAACAGGAGCAGCAACCACAGCAAAGCCUUUCUCCACAGGAUCAUUCAACUUUGGCGUGACAUCCUCCUCAACUUCCACCCCAACCCCGACCGCACCAUCUACUACCUCAACGGGAUUGUUCAACUUUGGCGUGACGCCUUCCUCGACCUUGACCUCAACCUCAACCGCACCAUCCACUACCUCAGGAGGAUUAUUCAACUUUGGCACUACACCUGCCGCGGCCCCAAUGCCUUCGACCUCGACCGCGACGUCUGCCUCACUAUUCACAUCUUCGACUUCCAAAGCGUCGUCAUUGUUUUCGGCUACAUCAGCGCCGUCCUCAUCAUUGUUUUCGACGACGACAGCCCCGUUCCCAUCGACAGCAAAAUCCGCAUCGACUCUUACUCCGGGAGCAUUCACGUUCAACGUUGGAAGCGCACCACCUGCGGCUUCCUCCUCAACUGACGCCGACAAUUCAGGGACGCCAGACCGUGAGGAAUUGGAGCGCUACCUUCAGGCCCUGAACAGGACAUUUGUCAAGAAGAUUGAGAAGGAGCUGAUCAACAAUCCCAUCGUCAACUUGGCACAGAUCUUUGGACAGUACACGGACAAGAGACAGGCGAUCAAGAAGAAAUACAUGACCUCAACCGGCGCUAAGUCGACUGCGUCGAGCCCUGCCCUUGUAUCUCCAUCUCUUCAGAACGGGUCAUUGUUGACGGGACCUUCAGGAGUGACCACUUCUGGAUCUGAUGCUGCUCCUAAGCUGAGCUUUGGAGUUCCCUUGAGCGCCAUCGGCGAGAACCCCGCCCCCAAGCCGGUCUUUGGCGGAUUCAACUUUGGCGUCUCAACAGCUACCGCAACCUCAACUACAGCAACUGACUCGAAGGCCACCACCAGCGCCGCUACCUCUACAUCCUCGCCAUUUGCAUUCUCUGUACCCAAGCCUGCUACUUCGACUACUAGCGCCACCACCUCAUCUUCGCCAUUCACCCUUUCUGCACCCAAGCCAUUCAGCUUUGGAGCUGCUUCUUCUCCCUUUUCGACAUCAUCUCCAUCAGCAGGAGGCGGAUUCCAAUUCUCAGUCCCUGCUGGCCACCCCUCUGGCAAAAAGGAUGAAGGUGAUAACGAAACGAUGCCUGAUGACACAAGGUCGCAGUUGGUCGACAGUCGUGCUGGCGAGGAGGGCGAGGAGACUGUGUUUGAAGUCAAGGGCAAGUUGUACGCCAUCGUGGAUGGCGAGAACAAGGAUUUAGGAGUCGGACAGUUCCGUGUGAACGAAAACACCGAGUCCAAGAAGCGCCGCAUGAUCAUGAGAACCGGCGGCACUGGUCAACUCAUCCUUAACAACUGGGUGAUUCAGGGAAUGGGACCAAAGCGUACUAAGAACUUUGUGACGAUUUUCGCGGUGGAGGAUGGCAAGCCCAAGAAGUUCUUGUUGAAGGUCAAGGAGGAGUCGUCAGCCGAGGAUGUUGUCAGGGAACUCGAGGCUGGACAGGGCAAGUAA